AUGCCUUUCCAUGCAGAGCAGACCCAUCUAGCCAUAAACUUCAAUAUGAGAUGGUGGAAAAGAAAGAAAGAAAGAGAGCGGUUUUUCUUGAAGAAUGGAGGUAAGAUGUUAGAACAGAUCAUCACCUCUUUUAAUGGCAAGUGCAAUCCCAUACGAAGCUUCUCAGAGGAAGAGCUCAUAGAGACAACAAACAACUAUGAUGAUGGAAGAAAACUCCUGCACCGGCACCGGAAUUUCUACGUGUAUGAGGGAACAAAUGAAUCUCGCUCUGUUUUAGUCAAGAAGUUUAUUAUACAACAUUAUACUACGCCUGAGGAAAUUCUUGAGUUAGUGACAAAUGACAUAGCAAUUGCAUCCAACAUGAGCAAUCACAGCAACUUCUUGAAGCUCCUGGGGUGCUGCUUGGAGACUGAAGUCCCCAUAUUGGUCUACGAAUCCGGAGUAAAUCUUUCGCAUGAGAUGAUAAACAGUCUGCCAUGGGAGACCAAGUUGAGAAUCGCAAAUGAAAUGGCCAACGCAUUCGCUUAUCUUCAUUAUGGCACCUCCAGGAUUAUCAUCCAUACAAACAUUAAGAUUGGUAACAUAUACCUUAACCAGGACAACAUUGCCAAAGUGUCUGAUUUCCAAACGUCUGUGCUAAUCCCCUUGGGCAAAACACAUGUGGAUGCAGAAGUAAUUUCUGGAACCACUGGGUAUUUAGCUCCAGAAUAUCUUGAGAAUGGGCGGCUAAGCGAAAAGAGCGAUGUCUUCAGCUUCGGGAUUGUAUUGAUGGAUAUUUUGACUGGAAAGAAAAUUCUCAAACUACAAAAGCAAUGUGGACGAUUUGAUGAUAUAGUCCAACAUCACCUGAAGAACAGUGUGUUGACAGAGGAAAUCAGGAGGCAAGAAAUUCAACUUGGAGAGCUCAUACUGAAAUGUGUCCGAGACGAUCCUGAUGGAAGGCCAACUAUGCAGGAAGCUGCACAAGCAAUCAAAUCUAUCAGAAACAUGUUCUAG